UAGGACUGUCACGUGACAGCUGGAGGUGGUCACUGUCAAACACAAGUUUCUACAAACCCGGGGAGACGGAGUUCAGACGAUGGAUGACUGGACGACCAAACACUGGAUACAGUUAUAAAGUCUGCACAUGGAUGUAUUAUGAUGGACUCUGGGAUGACGACCGUUGUCACGGCAGGUGGUAUCCAGUCUGCGCAGAUGUCAGAGGAUCAGAUGUGACUUUUGUCUUCAUCAACACUGAAAUGACAUGGACUGAAGCCCAGAGCUACUGUAGAGAUCGCCACACAGACGUGGCCAGUGUGAGAAACAUGACAGAGAACCAGAAGGUACAGGCAAUGAUACCUGCUGGAGUAAACUGGGUCUGGAUCGGCCUCUUCAGAGACUCCUGGAAGUGGUCAGAUGGAAGUACCUCCUCAUUCAGCUUCUGGAAGAACGAGCAACCUGAUAACAAGAACGGGAACGAGACUUGUGUGGCUGCAGACUUCAGCCAAUCAGGAGCCUGGGAGGACUGGCCCUGUGACAUGGAGAGAGCGUUCAUUUGCUACGGUCCAGGUGAGUGCUAACCCGGG